GGAUAGCCCUUGAGGUUUCUUCCAACUCUAUAAUACUGUGAUUCUGUAUGCUAUUCAUCAUGAUGCAGGGAGUUAAGAAAAGGAGCUGGGGCAAUAUUUAAAAGUCUCUAUCUUAAUUCUGAAGCAAUCAAAUCCUGUGCUUUCCUGCAUACCUGAUGAAUCUCUGGAUGAGGGCUACUUUGUCUUGUAGAUGAUCUUUGAAGAUGUGGCUGUGUAUUUCACACAAGAGGAAUGGAAAUUGCUGGAUGAGAACCAAAGAAAUUUGUACAGCGAGGUCAUGAUGGAAAACUAUGUGAAUGUGUCUUCUCUGGGAGACUUUUUGAAACAUCAGAGAGUCCACACAAGAAAGAAACCAUACAAAUGCCAGCAGUGUGGAAAAUGUUUUGCUCACAAGCCACACCUUCAGUGUCACCUGAGAGUCCACACAGGAGAGAAACCAUACAAAUGUCAGCAGUGUAGAAAAUGUUUUACUCAGAGGUCGUCGCUUGUAACUCAUCAGAGAGUCCACACAGGAGAGAAAGCAUACAAAUGCCAGCAGUGUGAAAAAUGUUUUAUACAGAAGUCACACCUUGUGAUACAUGAAAGAAUCCACACAGGAGAGAAACCAUACAAAUGUCAGCAGUGUGGAAAAUGUUUUGCUCAGCAGUCGCCCCUUGUGGCUCAUCAGAGAGUUCACACAGGAGAUAAACCAUACAAAUGUCAACAGUGUGGGAAGUAUUUUGCUAAAAAGUCAGUCCUUGUAACCCAUCAGAGAGUUCACACAGGAGAAAAACCAUCCAAAUGCCAGCAGUGUGGAAACUAUUUUGCUGUUAAGUCUGCCCUUUUGAGUCAUCAGAGAGUCCAUACAGGAGAGAAACCAUACGAAUGCCAGCAGUGUGGAAAAUGGUUUGCUUACAAAUCAAACCUUGUGACUCAUGAGGCAGUCCACACAGGAGAGAAACCAUACAAAUGUCAGCAGUGUGGAAAAUGUUUUGCCCAGCAGUCACCCCUUGUGGCUCAUCAGAGAGUCCAUACAGGAGAGAAACCAUACAAAUGCCAGCAGUGUGGGAAGUGGUUUGCUAAAAAAUCACACCUUGACAGACACCAGAUGGUCCACACCAGAGAGAAACCAUACAAAUGCCAACAAUGUGGAAAAUGUUUUGCUGACAAGUCUUCCCUUGUGGCUCAUCAAAGUGUCCACACAGGAGAGAAGCCAUACAAAUGCCAGGAUUGUGGGAAAUGUUUUUCUCGCAUGGCAUACCUUUUGAGGCAUCAGCGAGUCCACACAAGAGAGAAACCAUACCAAUGUCAGCAGUGUGGAAAAUGUUUUGCUCGGAAAUCAGACCAACUCAUGAAUCAUCAGAGGAUCCAUGCAGGAGAAAAACCAUACACAUGCCAGAGAUGUGGAAAAUGUUUUGCUCACGUGUCAGCUCUUGUGAGGCAUCAGGGAGGCCAAACAGUAAAGAAACUAUACACAUGCCAGCAGUGUGGGAAUAGUUUUGCUCAGAUGUCAGACCUUGUGAAGCAUCAAAGAGUCCACACAGGAGAGAGACUAUACAAAUGCCAGCAGUGUGGAAAAUGUUUUACUCAGACAUCAGCCCUUUUGAGCCAUCAGAGACUUCACACAGGAGAAAAACGAUACAAAUGCCAGCAGUGUGGGAAAUGUUUUGCUGACAAGUCAAACCUUCAGGCUCACAUGAGAGUCAACACAGGAAAGAAACGAUACAAAUGCCAGAAGUGUGGAAAAUGCUUUGCUGAUAAGUCACAUUUUUUCAGGCAUCAGACAGUCCACACAGGAGAGAAACCAAACAAAUGCCAGCAGUGUGGGAAAGGCUUUGCUCGCAUGUCAGACCUUCUUGUUCAUCACAGGGUCCACACAGGAGAGAAACCAUACAAAUGCCAGCAGUGUGGGAAAGGCUUUGCUCGCAAGUCAUACCUUCGAGCUCAUCAGAGCGUCCACACUGGAGAGAAUCCAUUCAAAUGCCAGCAGUGUGGCAAAUGUUUUGCUCAUAAGUCAUGCCUUCAGAGUCACCAGAGAAUCCACACAGGAGAGAAACCAUACACAUGCCAGCAAUGUGGAAAAUGUUUUACUCAGAAGUCACACCUUCAGGGUCACCUGAGAGUCCACACAGGAGAGAAACCAUACAAAUGCCAGCAGUGUGGGAAAUGUUUUAGUCACAAGUCACACCUUCAGGGUCACCUGAGAGUCCACACGGGAGAAAAACCAUAUAAAUGCCAGCAGUGUGGGAAAUGUUUUGGUUACAAGUCACACCUUCAGGGUCACCUGAGAGUCCACACCGGAGAGAAACCCUACAAAUGCCAACAGUGUGGGAAAUAUUUUGCUCACAAGUCAGCCCUUUUGAUUCAUAACAGAGUCCAUACAGGAGAGAAACCACACAAAUGUCAGCAGUGUGGGAAAUGUUUUACUCAGAAGUCAACCCUUUUGGGGCAUGAGCUUGUCCAUAGAUACCAUACAAAUGAAAGCAAUAUGGGAAAGACUUUGCUCGAAAGUCAGACCUUCUAGCUCAUCAGAGAUUUCCUACAGGAGAGAAACCAUACAAAUGUAAGCAGGGUGAAAAGUGUUUUAUUUUAGAUAACAACAUUACACAACACGACAGAUUAUACAUGAGAGAAGUCAUACAGAUGCAGAAUUUUUUUUCUUUGUGAGACAGCCUCCAUACAUAUAGAUUGUGUUCUGUAAAGUUCUGUUAAUAAUCUUCUAUUAUGCUAUUUCUGUUACAAAGUUUGUGGUUUUAAGUAUCUUGCACUUGCAGGACCAUUCAAUAAACCUUUUCCCACACAGA